AUGAAUGCAAAUUCCGCAGUGGGUAUAUCGAUAAGCCUUCAGAACGGCAUUCCCAAAGAUAUAGGACUGGGUUUAACAGCAGCCACCACAGUUGCAACUUUCACAGCAAUUAAUGAUCUAUUUGGCUUAGGCAUGUCAAAUCUGGAGAUCAUAAAGGCAUGCAUGUCGUCAGAUAGGAUAUCAGGCCUGGAGGGCGACCAUGUCGGUGCUGCUGCAUUUGCGUUCACACCUACAACCAUUGCCGCUUUGGGCCCCCACAAUGGCAUGAUAGGAUGCGUCAUUCAAGGAGUUGGAGAUAUGGUUACAGUUACGGUCGAUCCAUCAGUCCCUCAUGGGUUGAUCAAAAUUUCCUUGAUCAAGGGAUUGGAGCACCACAAACUGAGUUUCAACCCAAUUUUCAAUUGCGUAGCUAUUGCUGCAGACUCAUUUAUGAGUAUGAUGAAUGUAAAUUCCGCAGUGGGUAUUUCGAUAAGCAUUCAGAAGGGCAUUCCCAUAGAUAUGGGACAGGGUUCGACAUCAGCCACCACAGUUGCAACUUUCGCCGCAUUAAAUGAUCUAUUUGGCUUAGGCAUGUCGAAUCUAGAUAUCGUAAAGGCAUUCAUGUCAUAA